AUGACACAGAGGUCAAGCUCUCCGAGUUUGGUUAUCAGUCAAAGUUUGUAUCAUGCCGCCGUGAUACAUGUCGUACCUCAACGGUAUUCACUUCUACAACAUCUUACCACCAGACACCAGCUCUCCAAUCUCAUAAUUAUUAUUGUUGAUUUAAAUCCCGCAACGUAUUGUGGUAUCUAUUUGUCUGGUAAUUUUGAGGUUGAAGGGAAGGUAUGCCUGUUGAUCAAAUUUGGCCAGCAUCAUGCUAACAAUUUGAGAUCUUACAUGCAGACUUUGCCCGACAAUGGUUGGCGAUCUGAGUACAAGACUUACACGAUCUCUAUUGGCUGCGGCGGUGUUGACCGUCAAGAGCCGCUCCUUUAUGAAAUCGCAGCCAAAGGUUUUAGUGGCGCCAAGUUCAAGUUGCAUCAGGACCAUGUGUAUUUUCUGCGUGGAGCUCUCUUCCCCUCUAACUCCCCUGAUACAAGGGCCAAUCAAUUCAUUUUUGAGGGAAGUGAUGUUGUCAUGUUAGGCCCACGUGACAAUUAUGGAGGCAAAUUAGUUGAUUCUGUAGGGGUUACUUGUCUAGGUAUUGUGAUAGGAAUCAGCUCAAUUGUCAAAGAUUGCUGCCAAUACAUGAAAAAAACACCAGACCAAGAAUCUGUUUUAACCACAGUUUUCACGGUCCAGCACUCGGAUUAUCACCCCAUAAUGAAGACUGCCCGUACGAGCACAGUCGAAUACUGUAUACGUCCCACUCCCAACCUUGCCAAAAUUGCCUCAAUUGUCAGGGUAGGGCAAGAAUGCCAAUUCCAUGGAUUUAUCAAGGAUUUCAACGAGGAAACCCCGUGUUAUAUUGUGAUAGCAAACAAAGUUCACAUGACCACUGGAUUUCAAGAUAUACCAUCCCAAAGCAAUACACAAAACGAAGACAAUCUUAAUACCCUCAAGAAGCCAAAGAAAUUCAUACCCAGAACAUUGAGUAAUCAAAAUCAGGCACCUAUCACCGUGCAUGAGGGCAUAAGCAGUGUUACGUUUGGCUCUGCCGACGAGGCGUCAUUAUUUAGGUCUUCAAGCUCAGGACAGUCACUCGAAAGAAGAUUGGUUGAAAAUGUUGGGAGGGGUAUGAAAGAUGAUGUUUUGGUGCAUGUUUUCAAUGCUUAUGGUAUCAAAUGCCUGUUCAGGCCAGAAUUGUCACCCAAAGAUAUGUUGGAGUCUUUAGACUAG